UCUCAGCUUGGGCCUGUGUCACCGUCAUGAAGUACCUACUGUUUGUUGCCUUUGUUGGGGUGGCUGUUGCCUUCCCCGUCAGCAAUGAUGAUGAUGAUAAGAUUGUCGGAGGAUACACCUGUAAAGAGAACUCUGUCCCAUUUCAAGUGUCCCUGAACAUUGGGUAUCACUUCUGUGGAGGCUCCCUUAUCACCAGCCAGUGGGUCGUGUCGGCAGCUCACUGCUACCAGUCUUCCAUGCAAGUGCUGCUUGGGAAACAUAACCUGGCACUCACAGAAUCGACACAGCAGGUGAUCAAAGCAUCUAAAAUCAUCCGUCACUCUCGUUUCAACUCUGCAACACUGGACAAUGACAUUAUGCUCAUCAAGCUUUCCACACCAGCCCAGCUCAACGACGCUGUCCAAACAGUUUCUCUGCCUACCAGCUGUGUGUCUGAAGGCACCACAUGUGUCAUCUCUGGCUGGGGCAACCUACUCAGCACCUCUACUUUGUAUCCAGAUACCUUGCAGUGCCUGGACGCUCCUGUACUUUCCUCAAAGGACUGCAGCAGAGCCUACCCUGGGCAAAUUACCAGCAACAUGAUAUGUGUAGGAUACCUGGAGGGAGGAAAAGACUCCUGCCAGGGGGAUUCUGGCGGUCCAGUAGCCUGUAACGGGCAGCUCCAGGGCAUUGUUUCCUGGGGUAUUGGAUGUGCACAGAGAGGCUAUCCUGGGGUUUACACUAAGGUUUGCAAUUACGUCUCCUGGAUCGAAGACACCAUUGCUGCCUACUGAGACACUCCCAUUCUAUGUGAUAUGCUUUUUCUCCUCAACAUUUUCUUCUGUUUUGGGACUGGGCAUGCAAAAUUUAUAAAGAAAUAAAGACUUUCAAGCACCC